AUGGCGGAGGUCGAGGACCUGACGAUUCGGCCCCAGGGGCCGAGCUCCAUGACUCAUCUCCACUUUCCUCCUCGUGGCAUGCCGCGGCCGAGGCUCGCGCAGGUGCUCAGCGAGCCGAAACUCCGCACAGAGUUCUUCAAGCACGAGGAGACAAAGGAUCGUCAUCAGUAUCGACAGGAGUGGCUGGAGAUGAUGAACGAUCUGGACCAGCAGGUCUUGCAGCGAAAGAGGGACCAAAAGCGGCGGAUUGAGUCAGAGGUUGCGUUGAUCCGUGCGCGCGAGGCCCAUCGCCGGUCAGAGCGUGCAGUGUCCCUGCAGGCGGAGAAGCCCCCAUGGAACUAUCCGGAGCCCAUGGAAUACUUUGAGCGGCCGCGUCCAGGGCUUCUUAUGGAAGCAUCGAACACCUUCCACAAGAACGACUUGCUCAUGGGCAUCUUCGACACGCCGCAUGACAAGCCGGCACACUGGGAGUUCGACACCUUCGGCGGAUGGGCCCCUUUUGCUUCGUCCCAGAGCUUGGCCAAGGAUGCUAAGGAGAAGCCUUUGGAUCCCAAGGCAAAGAUGUACCAAGAGCGUCUCGAGCGGAAGUUGCGGAAGGCAAAGGCACUGGAGAAGCAAGAUCAAGAGCAAAAGUACGGUGCCCUCAAGAAGAAGAGGCUGGAGGAGAACGCAGAUCCAUUCUCUUGCCUGAAGCGGGAAAGACCGGCCUGGACAGAACAGCGUGUCUACACCCACGAGUAUUUCUCCAAGCCUGAGCCUUUCAAACCAAAGGAUUUCUACUACGAGACGGGCAUUGGUGAGCACAUCACCCAGCCGGACAAAGCCUUGAGUUUCGCAAGCGACAUCAUCGUGGGUGACGAGAACCGGAAGAGCUUCUGGAAGGAGCCUCCGAAAGGUGUCGUGAAAGGUACGGCGAUGCGAGCACUCCGCGCUAAGGCAUUGCUGUGUCCAAGAGGCUGCGCUGGGCUACAGGAGGAGCUGGCUUUCGAGGCCGAACGCCAGGAGAUGCACAAGGAAAUGCAGAAGAGCAGAAGUGCACCUUCUCUCAGAAGCACGAAGACCAGUUUGCUAGGGAAGAGGUAG